CAGUACGUAUGGUCGGUUGGAAGACAAAACGCAAUAAUUCAACUGAGAACGUACUGACUCGACCGACUGCUGAAGAACGUAGCGAUUCGGCGAGCGCUGGUUUCCUGUAUCACCUGAUAAACUACGUUGCUUAGUUUCAUAAGUUUUGAACGUGCUGCUGGCUUGAAAUCGUGUUAGAAAAAGGCGCUUACGAAUUAUAACGUUCCACAGCGUUUGAGCGAGUCGGUACGUUCCUCAGCGUUCGUCCGCAGAGAAUGGUGUCCUGAACAUCCGUGGGUUCUUCUUUCGUCGUAAACAAUGUAGACAGAUCAUUUCUCUUUCAAAAAGUGAACGAUCGAAAUGUCUUCGCAAACAGGGCCGAUGGUCGAGGAAUUGGCGAAGGACUAUGCCAAUUACUUGAAACUAGACUUGUCUAGUCGAACGAAAAAUUUCCUUAACAUGAUAGAGGACGUAAUGAUGCGCUUAGAAGAAUUUCAAUCGAUCAUCGAAAUGGUACGAUCCGAAAGUAGCCAAUGCAUGGAGGAGCACGUUCCCAGGUUGCGAGACAUGCAACAGGAAAUCGUCGACCUCGGCAAACGGAUGGACGCUUUGGAACAUGUUAUAGCGAUGGUCAAUGUGAAUUUAACUACUUUAGAAGCGGCAGUUGACAAUGCCGAGGCUGAAUUAGGAAUAUCCGAUAGUAGAUUGUUCGGAAUUUUGAAUCCUUUAUCCUUCUUUAAGAAGACUCAGGAACCCGUGCUACCAAACAGAUUGCCAAUAUACGAACCUCCGACAAUUUAUAGAACGAGCGAUUAUUUUAAAAGUGAAUAAAAAGAUUGUUUUAUUAUA